AUGGCCAGCUGUGAGUUCCCACUUGCUAUCCAGAAAGUCAAACCACGUAUUCGAGAGAUCUUUCUGGAGUUUGUCCGACCCUCGGAGGUGCUUCACGUCUUUCACAAGUAUGACCUGGAGGUGCUCACUAGAAACGACAUUGAAAAUGUGGCAGCCAAGACAAAAGAAUGUGGGGACUCAGAUGGAGCCGUGAUGCUUCUCGAUCGACUCAGGCGCUACGGAAAUUGGUUCGCCUGUCUUCUGAAGGUUCUUGAAGACCCAGAAAUAAAACAACAGCACGUGGCGGAGAUUAUGCGAAGUGCUGACAGGGAAUGCCCGGUUGUGUCUGAAACCUUCUUCCACGAGCACAAUAUGGAGAUGAAGAUCGCCGUCCAGGGUCCAUUCGAAGAUUUUGUUCUACCCCAACAGGCUCUACGCUGCUUUCAAAAGCUCUAUCCCGGCUUUAUGAAUGACCGUGAAAUUAGUCGCGUUGAUCUCAUCACAGAGAAAAAAGGAAACUGCAAAGGUGCUAAUGAAUUACUGGAUGUAAUAAGUCACAAAAGAGACUGGUUUCGGUGUUUGAUGACCGUUCUCAGGGACAGUAGUAUGAAGAUGGGCCAUGUGGCUAGCAUCCUGGAAAAGAAAACAGAGAGCUUAAGGAGAGAAUUUGAAGCAAGAACGAACAACAACGAUUAUGAAACGGACAGCGCUUCCAUAGAACGCAGAGCUGACCAGACAAAGUCCAACU